CUUGCCACGAGGGGUGCUUCAUUUGGCAGAUUCCCAUGCAGUCGCAGUACCUUCCGACGCCAGGUGCGUCGCCCAUCUUUGACUUUACGCACGUCGACGAGCCGCCCGUGGAGGCGCCGGCGGCCGCGCCCACCGACACGAUCUGGCUCGUCAAUCCGGCCAACUUGGCCGACGUCCACGAGCUCACGCCGACCGUCGCCGCCACCAUGCCCACGCGCAGCACGACAACGCCCCGCGAUACCCUUCAAGCUGGCGCGCUCCUCGUGUCGCGUGGUCUUCCAGUGGCCGUGGCCAACACGAUCCUCGACGCGUCUGGGUCUGUGCUCGUGUUUGAGGCUGAAACGACGGCCGAGGAAUACGAGUACGCGCCGGCCGACACCGAGUACUUGCGCCUCACCGUGCCCACGAUGGACGAUCCGGCACUCGAGCUGCUGCGCUGCACGGCGCUUGUUAUCGAGUGCACGUCGCACGACCAGGGCUGGGCCACGGACGCGCCAGAGCUCAACGGCUCGUACAAUUGCUGCAACAGCUGGGCCGAGUUUCAGAUCUCGGCGCCCGAUGGAACGGUGCUGCUACCGCGUCGCGAGGCCUGUCGCAAUUUGCGCGCGUCGGGCAGCUAUCGCCACCAUCUGCAGUACGUCACGGACCCAGCAGUGCUCCACUUGCUCUUGACGCCGGGCAACCAAGUCUCGCUGCACCUGCGUGCCCAGUACGGCGGCUGGAGCAACCAAGCGUCGUAUGGCCGCCUCGCCCUCGUGUACACGGUGGGCCUCAACGAAGACAGCAUGUAAUACACCUCGAUAAUGAAGCAACAAGUGAUGUAAGACACGC